UUAAGUAUUUACUUCGUUCGGGAUCGACAAAGUCAAGAGACAGUCUCUCUGUUGAAGUCGUUGGCGCCGUAGUUCGUUACGCAAAAUAAACGCCUGAUGUAUUUCCAGUCGUAAACCAACGUUGUUGUCGUGUAGGAAACAAAACUUCGUAGCACCGAAGCCGGAGUUUCUACGUAUUUUUUCUCGCGAGGAAAAGAGGGGUGGAGUAAUUCGUACAUGAUAGUCGUGAAAUUAGAUCUGAAACUCAAGCAAAUUCAUCUAUGUAAAGUGAUCCUGCCGCGCAAAGUAAGCCGAACUUUGAUAUCAUCUGGACAAAUUGAUAUCCAGUAGAGAAAAAUUUUUUUUUCGUCAAGAGGGAGGACAAGAGGAAGAAGUAAACAGAAAAUCAGCACAUUGGGGCGGCCUGCGCGCUCGGGCGCGGUCUUGUCUAUCAGGACACGCCGAAUCCGACCGCGGACGUCGGAUCGCCACCGGGCCCGGAAGCUUGUCCUUCACAGCGAGGACAACAGACAUCGAGAUCAUGGUACAGUGUCGACCUGCAGAUGUACACAGUGGCACAGUCAAAAAUGCUGCUAUUGUUCUCAAAAGUUCUCUGUAUUGAAGAUGUCAUCUUCCAGAUCCAAAAAUCGAAUAACAGGUGUUGUUGGAGCUGCGGUCUCUGCUGCGUUUUCUGCUCUCCUUCGUUUUCACCUGCGCAUCCGUGGAAGCCGAGAAAGCAAAGGAUGGGGAACUGGGCGCGUCGCAGGAGCGAAGCCGAAGCCACGAUGUGAAAAGCUGGAGGACAACAAAAUCGGGGAUGAUGCUGAGUACUCGGAUUCUGCCGCGUACGACCAACCUGGCGACGAGACCGCGUUUCUGGAACAGGCGGAGCAGCGCGAGGGUCAAGCAGCGCAGGGGACUGCAGCAAGUUCAGCGGCAACGGCAGGUGGGAAGGACCUUAGCGAAGCUGGUGGGCAACACCUGAGCGAGGAGCAAAGGCACCAGUUGACCGAGGACACUUUCGCCGACAUCACGAAGAUGUACGAGAACUACCAAAAGCGUGUGGUCCUGCAGAAGGAGCGGGCCGAGGUUAUGGCUCUCUCACACAUUGCAUUGAUCGCUGUUACGUGUUCCAUUUGUCAUGUAAAAUCGCUAUCAGCCUCCAGGCGAUUGAGCUACUUCGCAUGACAAUGUGUUCUCAACGCGCUCAUUAGCAUGGAAUAUUCAUAUUGUAGUUCCACUUUUGCGAUGCGAGACGCGCAAACCCCCUCCUUUCACUUUUGGAAUUGUUGCAUUGCAGACUCAUGUGACCGCUAUCAAUGCAACAUGUGAGAACUCCAUAGAGGUGAGGAAACGGCUUGCGGUCGGAGCUGGGAUGUCGGAGUACGACGCAGUGGUGGCUGGGAAAGUGAAGUCGGAAACAGGUAUUGUAAAUAUAUUGUGUUUGAUUUUCCUUUGGAAUGAAACGUGCGCCAAGGAAAUCAAAAUUUUGAUUCGUUUGUAGUCUGAUGUUGGAAUUGAAGGUGUAGCAAAAAAAUAAAACAAAAUGUUGAAAACCCCUGUGUCUACUUCCAGGUACGUGGGAUGUGUUCGUCGAGUUGUACAGCAGCGGGGUGCUGCGCACUUUCCGGGAGCGGGACGGCAACCGUGAUUUUUUCGUAGAUGCGGCCGAGAACGCGGACACCUGCCCCAUGCGUGAGGUCGACACGAACCAGGACGCGAAAAUCAGCCCCGUUGAGCUGCACCAGUACUGCCUGGCGGGAGGGGAUGCGGGGAGGUUACAGGCAGAGGUAUCGACUGUUCCUGCGUGUCAUGCGGAUAUGAUUUUUUCAGUUGAGCAGACAAGCGGAUGUUUGUAGUGAGGAUGUGCUCAUUGAUUUUGUUUGAUCUGUCGAUGCGCCACGUUCGUCGGGGCCUGCAAAGCUGGUUUCUCAGAUUUCUAUAAUGGAUUGUUUUCCAAACCUCCACUUAUCUCAAUUUUUUUAGGUUCCCCCCAACGCAGAAUCGGCAAGCAUGAUGGAAUUGAGCGGCAUGUCUCAGUGGAACCCGUUUGGGCCGCGGUGCUGCAUGGCUACACCAGCUGAGGAGGAGGAACUGGUGACGCCUCAGGCUCUGGCGGAGAUGUCCCCGCAUCAGAUCGCAAAUCUGCGCCCUUGCCAAGAAGUCGCCUAUGACACGAACCCGAACGAGCGAGACCCAGCAGAAGAUGGCGGGACCCUGUAUGGCGUUGCACGCGGCAACGGGGUCAACUUCAUUCAACCGGGAGGCCAUGGCGGACAUUACUACAGAAGUCACACCAAUCGAUAUCACGAAGGCAAUCCAUUUCCAAACCGCCAACAAUUUGUGCCAUACUCGGGUCCAGGGCAUCGGCUGGGAGCAGAUGCUGACGCGUAGAGAUCAAUAGAAAUGAAAGGAGAAAGCACAUGCUCAAAAAAGGCGCAACAAUGAGUAUGAUAAACCAAGGGUUGUAUUAUUUUAGCUGCACGCAUUGGUAUUCAGAUUCACCUCUCGUGCAUCCUUUCAAGUGCGACAAUGAAAACCCGUCUCCUGUUUGACAAAAUCGCCUUUUGGGAGGCGACGUCAUAAUGUGCCAAAAAAUAUUAAAUUGACGCAACACUAAUAAAGUUGACUGCUGUGCGAAAAUCGGGUUUGACAGCCUAUCCCCUGGAGGUUCAGCGUUAUGCAGUGGUGUUCCUCAAACACUUGCUUGCGCGGUGCAGAAUUCACAAAAAGUCUAUUUUUUGAGGGGACUUAGUC